AUGAAUAUGUCAGAUGAUGAAGAUGACCAAAGCUUUCACGCUACGCGUGGCGGCUACUCCCAUUUGAGCGAUGUCGAAUGGGAUGCGGUUGAACGGUUGGGUUCAACCAUGGGCAUCCAUGCUGUAAGCGUCAUGCUAGAGGCUCUCAAUAGAGAUGCCCAACAUGCUACUAUCGCCAAGUUCAUUCAAAAUGAACUUGACGCAGAACGCGAGAAAGUAGCCUUGCUUCACCAACAAGGUUCUCAACAAGCAGAGUUGUUGAGAGAACAGGGUGCUCAACAGUUUGAACUGUUGAGACAGCAGCAGGCUGCUGCUGGUGGGUCGAUGCAUUCGCGUCGACCCGAGACAUUGAAGAUUGACAUCUCCAAGUAUAGGGGGGUCGAAGAAGACUCCCUCUUGAGAUGGUUCGUCAAAUUAGACGACGCCAUAAGGGCGCGUCGCAUCGACGACGGGGAUAUGCAAGUUGCAUUUUCCCAAUCAAAUCUGGCAGGACGUGCCAAGACUUAG